AUGUCGGACCCAUCGGAGGUGGUACCGGACGUUCAAGAACCGAUGACGACGAAUGCGAGGGAAAACCGACGCGAAGAUUCGGAUUCGGGCGGUAGUCGCGCGGCGUACGUGGACGCGAAUGACGACGGAUUCCGAGACGCCGACAGCGAAUUCAGCGGACAGAACCGUAACGAUGACGAGGACAAUUGCGAGAUGGAUUACGACGGGACGACGACGGAGAUUAGGGAAGGGAUGUUGAGCGGAAUGGAGAGCGACGCACGGGAGGAGUUGACACCGAUAGCGGCGAAGGAAGACAUCGAGAUGGAGAAGAAGGAAGGAGAGCCCGGCGGGAUGAUCGCGAGUGGAAUAGCGUUGGAGAUACCUGCGCACUUUCAGUGCCCGAUAACGAUGGAGCUGAUGCAAGAUCCGGUGAUGAUCGCGACGGGGCACACAUACGACAGACCGGCGAUUCAGCGAUGGUUAGAUCAGGGACACCGGACGUGUCCGGUCACGGGCGUGCGCCUGCGUCACCUGGAACUCAUUCCGAAUCAUGCAAUUCGCACCGCGAUUCAGUCUUGGGCGCCCGCGGAGCUAUCCGCGCUCCGACCACUCGCGCCGCUGCACGACAAGGCGGUGGUGGACAUCCAUAGACAGAACAGCGAUAUCAUCGGCUUGCGAGACGCCCUCGGUGCCGGCGCCGCGGUCGUUGCGCCUGCUGCGAAUGCCGACGCGAGCGACGAUCAACAUCCGGUGUAUACCAUUGCCGAAGGGCACGAUGAAAUCGUUUGGGGCGUGGACACCACGCCAACAACGUUGUUCAGCGCGUCCGCAGACAAGACGAUUCGAGCGUGGGACAUCAGCAGUCGACGCUGCGUUCAAGUGUUGGAAGAACACACUCGACCGGUCUUGUGCCUCGCGGUUUGCGUGAAGCACGACAAACUGUUCAGUGGUUCUUAUGACUGCACCGUUCGCGUAUGGAAUCUGAGCACGUACCGUCGCAUAACGUACCUGCCGGGGCACACCGAUGCUGUGCGCGCGCUUCAAGUGUACAACGACACUACGCUAUACACCGCGUCUUACGACCACACCAUACGAGCGUAUGACAUCGAGUCACUUGAACUCCUUAAAGUACUUCGCGGGCAUAACGGUCCCGUUCGCACGUUGGUGACGGUGAACGACUAUGUUUUUAGCGGCUCAUAUGAUCGCACUGUGAGAGUGUGGCCGGCAUACUCGGAGGACAUCGGUCCGUCCGCGGGCACCGAUUUGGUGAAAACUUUAAAGGGGCACAAAGACGCCGUUCGUGCGCUCGCGUGCUUUCCGCGUCGGCAGGCGACAUCGAGCAACCGCGCCAUCGGACCUUACGUAUUUAGUGGCUCAGAUGACUCAAACGUUCGCGUGUGGAACGCCGGGACAUUUGAGUGCAUCCAGGAACUCAAGGGGCACACCGACAACGUGCGCGUUUUGACCGUGGACGAUAGAUACUUGUACAGUGGAUCAUGGGACAAGACGAUUCGCGUGUGGGAUCUAGAAACCUUCAGCUGCAAGCAUAUCAUCAAUGGCCACACUGAGGCCGUCUUAGCGUUGUGCGUCAUGGGCGGUCACUUAGUUUCGGGCUCAUACGACACAACCGUGAGGCUGUGGGGCGUGCAAUCCGAGACCGAGUUCGAGUGCGUCGGCGUUUUUCACGCGCACAACGACGCCGUUCGCGUGUUGACGAGCGCCGGCCGCAAUGCAGCGACUGUUUUUAGCGGCUCCUAUGAUGGAUCCAUAGGAUUUUGGAGGCUUCCUAUCUCCGACCCAAGAGACUGGCCUCCGAGUCGAUCGCACGCGCUCGGUUGGGUCGGGCAACGCUCGCCGCAUUAG